AUGGAUGAUGGCGAAGAAAUUUUCAUCACACAAAAUACCUUCCGUCCUCCCACUUUACCAGAAUUUGAGUUUGACGUGGYUGAGUUUUUUGACUUUCUUGAAGAUGAAAAAAGCCAGGAAAAAGUUCAGGAGAGCAGAGAAAUUAGCAUCGUAUCAGAUAAAGACUUGAAGGAACGCACUGAAGAACGAAUACCGACCAACACUAAAAUCAAUACAAGAUGGGUGGUAACAACUUGGAAGGAAUGGGCUGAGUCAAGGAACUCACAGAUUUCUACUUUCACGAGUGAUAAGUUUAAAGAAGUCAACACCGACAUCCUUGGUAUAACAGAAGACGAAGAGUUGAGCUAUUGGUUAAGUAAAUUCGUAAUGGAAGUUAGAAAGAAACGACCACCUGGUGAAGUUUACACUCCAAACACCCUUCACCAAAUGUGUUGUGGACUCCAAAGGCACAUAAGAGAGAAUGGGAACCCAGGUAUUAACCUGUAUGAAAAUCCAAAAUUCAAGCAGUUCCAAGACAGCAUUGACGCCAAAAUGAAAAGAUGA